AUGCAGAUGGAUGAGGCUUCCUCAAGGGACUGCAUCUGUGCUGCAUUACUGGCCCACCCGGGCGAGGACACCAGCGGUAACAUCAUUGUGGUCUCCGCCCCACGCUGUACAUUACUUAGAGCCACUGAAGAGUUGGGACUAUGUAAGUUUUACCGCAACGAGGACAUGGCAGCCUUCUCCUACAACGACAGAGACAACUUUAAAGAUUCAGACAACAUGGAGGUGUUCCUGACCCUGGCAGAGAGGCAGUACAUAGUGAAGUAUGAGCUGGACGGCAUGCGGGCGCAAAGAGACCUAAGAAUACCCGGCCUCUCUGACAGCUACACACUGCAUCACCGAGACAACGUCUGGCAGAAGCUUGGGUCAGCUGGUGUUAUUGUGGACAUGUUUCCCCUCCACAUCCCGGCCAAACUGAAGGAUCUCAGUAAAGCCUGGUACUCUGGGAAUCAGCUGGCUCAGCCACUGGAUUCAGUCAAUGGGUAUUUUGGAAGCUCUGUGGCUUUCUACUUCAGCUUCCUUGAUUUCUACACCUGGUCUCUGCUCCCACCAGCGAUACUAGGCCUGUCCAUCACAUACUUUUCAGGCGAGGUUCAGAAGGACAUGGAGUCAGUCUCUGGCUCAGGAGUCACAAGGGUUGAAGAUGAAUCAGCAGUUGUCAGCGGCCACAUGAUCCAGGCAGUGUUCAGCAUGCUCUGGUCCACGAUUUUUAUGGAGCUGUGGAAGCGUCGGAGCGCCUCGCUGUCCUACCGCUGGGGGACCCUGUACCUCGCAGAGCGCUUCGCAGAGCCCCGGCCCGGUUUCCAUGGCGAGGUCGGGGUCAACCCUGUGACAGGUCGGGAGCCGCUCUUUCCUGAAUGGCAGAGGGACCUGCGUAUGGCACUGGUGUCAGUCCCAGUGGUGGGGCUGUUCCUAGGGUUGGUGGUACUGGGUAUGCUUUGUUUCUUGGGGGAGGCCCAGGUGCAACAGCUACACAAAGACUGGGACUCCCUGUUGUCUCAGACUUUGCUCUACUUGCCAUCAAUGCUUCACAUUGUCUAUACAAACAUGUUGGCGACUGCUUACAGGACGGUGGCACAGUCUCUGACUGAAUAUGAGAACCACAGAGAGGAGUCUGCCUUCGAGAACCAUCUGACAGCCAAAGUCUUAGUGUUCACCUUCUUCAACUACUUUGCAGUGCUCUUCCACAUCGCCUUCUUCAAGCAGGAUGUGCCUUUGCUUCGAAAGCGUCUAGCAUCAUUGCUGAUAGUGACACAGCUGGUCAACCAGUUCACAGAGGUGGUCAUACCCUUGGUGGAUCGGUUCAUCAGUGCCCCCUAUAGGACAGAGAGUGAGGACGAUCCAGAGGAGGACAAAUUUAGGAACCAGAGCAACCUACCUGCUUUCCCUGGCCUGUUUGCAGAGUACAUCGAGCUCCUGGUGCAGUUUGGGUAUUUGAGUCUUUUCUCCUGCGUGUAUCCUCUGACGGCUUUGCUGCUGCUCAUCAAUAACGUAACGGAGAUCCGAACGGACGCCUACAAGAUCUGCAAACUCUUCCGCAAGCCCUUCUCCCCCCCUGUGGCUAACAUGGGCGUGUGGCAGAUCGCAUUCGAGGUCCUGAGUUUUGCCUCUGUUGUGACCAACUGCUGGCUAAUGCUGCUCUCACCACAGUUACAAGAGCUGAUUCAGGAGGGCAGAAUGAGCAGCAAAAACAUCCUGCUGUUGGCUGUUUUAGUGGAGCAUGUGCUGAUCUUGGUUAAGGUAAUUUUGGCAUUACUGAUCCCUGAUGAACCGAACUGGAUCCAAAAGAGAGAGCGUAUUGAGUACACAUCCAUGCAGGCCUUGAGACAGCAGAAGCAGCAUUCUGAAGAGUCCUGA